CACCAACCACCAGCAACCCCUAACAGGCACAGUAACAGGACCAUGUGAAGCCGGGUGGGCCACGCAUAAAGUAUGGAAAACAUAUCAAAACAUUUGCGAUUCAGCAGCUGGUUCAGGCUCCCACUAAUAGGCUGACGACCAGGGUAUAGGAAAUUACCAGGAGGCCAGGAGUGGCAGAGGGUCCAACAGGGUACAGGCACAAAAGCCAACAUGAAAGGACAUUCGAAACCGAAUGGGGCAGCUGCUGACCGCAGUGGCUGCCGCAUCGUGGACAGCGACAACAGCCAUGUCCACGUCCAUGUCCACGUCCUGGGCCCGGACCAUGGCAGGGGCCUUCUGUUAUUUGUGCUGACAGCGCUGACACUAACGAGCUUAAUAAUGCCCACAGAGCAGUUGACAGUGGCGCCAAAUGGAACCUCACAGCAGCAGCAGCAGCAACUGUUACAGCAGCAGCAACAGCAGCUGCAACAACUACAAGAGCAGCAACAACUACAAGAGCUGCAACAACUGGAGCAGCAAUUGCAACUGGAGCUGGACUACAAGCACAUAAAUGGCAAUCUGGUGGCAGCAGUUGACUUCAAUGGAACACUGGCCUUUGGACGGCCACCGGCUGUGCCCCACCAGUACCGCAACGGGAGCGGCGGUGGUCUCUUUCCGGGCGUCGACUGCAGCAAAAGCAGUAACUACAGCAGCAGCAACAGCAACUUCAUACUGAAGCUCAUCGCGAUGAUACUGUACGCGGCGGUGUGCAUCGUUGGACUCUUUGGCAACACCCUGGUGAUCUAUGUGGUGAUGCGGUUCUCCAAGAUGCAGACGGUGACCAAUAUCUACAUCCUGAAUCUGGCCAUAGCCGACGAGUUCUUCCUGAUUGGCAUACCCUUCCUUCUCUACACGAUGCAGGUGGGCAACUGGUCCUUCGGGGACUACAUGUGCAAGGCGUAUAUGGUGAGCAGCUCCAUCACAUCCUUCACCUCGUCCAUCUUCCUGCUGAUCAUGUCGGCGGACAGGUAUAUAGCCGUCUGCCAUCCGAUAUCCUCGCCCCGCUACCGCACCCCGUUCGUGUCCAAGCUGGUGUCGGCCUUCGCCUGGAUGACCUCGGUGCUGCUGAUGCUGCCAGUCAUUCUGUUUGCCAGCACAGUGCCAGCGAAGAACGGGCUGCUGACCUGCAACAUCGAGUGGCCGGACACCCAGAACUUGGACUCAGACACCACAUUCAUACUGUACUCGGUGGUGCUGGGCUUUGCCACGCCGCUCACCUUCAUUCUGGUCUUCUACUGCCUGGUCAUCAGGAAGCUGCACACGGUGGGGCCCAAGCACAAGAGCAAGGAGAAGAAGCGCUCCCACAGGAAGGUCACCAAGCUGGUGCUGACCGUGAUAACUGUGUACAUCAUGUGCUGGCUGCCACACUGGAUCUCGCAGGUGGCCCUAAUCAACUCGGUACCGAAUCCGUGCGGCGCCUCACGACUGGAGCUGGCAGUUUUCCUGGUCUGCGGCUGCCUCAGCUACUCGAACUCGGCCAUGAACCCCAUCCUCUACGCCUUUCUCAGCGACAACUUCAAGAAGAGCUUCAUGAAGGCCUGCACCUGCGCGGCCCGCAAGGACGUCAAUGCCCAGCUGCAGCUGGAGAACAGUUUCUUUCCCAAGUUCGGCAAGGGACGGCAGUCGGAGCGGCUAAUCGGUGGUGGCAACAAAGGGGCCAAGGCCGGUGGCACGGCCAAAAAGAGGGCACUGGCUGCAGCGAGAAACAACAAUGCACCGAUGACCACCACCACAACGACCACGACAACGGCGGGAACGGAUGCGGUGACCUCUGUCCAACCAGCAGUUCAUUAUGCUCCUGCCGAGCUACCAGCGCCAUCCAACAGCGGCAAUCCUGCCACUCUGCUGGUAGUCAAUGCCGAGACCAACAACUGUAAGCCACCCGUGCUGCACACGGACUUAUAAGAGCGGGCCCAGGCUAUGCCGCUGGAGACGGUUGUGUUUAUAGCCAGAAGAUGAGGGCAGGCCGACAUCGGAGUGGGCGUGAGCGUGGAAGUGGAGCUCGAUAGACAGCUGACAAUGCAGUCCGAGCUUCUGCUUUAGAUUAAGCGUUCGUUCUCGAUGGAUACUGAUAUUUUAUAUUGAUAAAGCAAAACGAUGCGAAGCCUGCGAUUGAAACCUGGUGUGGAAACGAUUAUGCCAGAGAGUCGAUUAUAAUUUCGUUGUUAUUUCCGUAUACUUAACAGAACUUUACAGCCAGUAAGGCUUCGGUCAGAGAUAGUUUCAAUACUAAAAUAUUCAUCUUAAAAGUACUUCAGAUCAAAGGACGCAAAUCAAAUGCAAAUCGCAGUCGCAUCGCUUUGCCGAUCAGAUAAGUUCUGCAUAAGUGUGUUUGUGUGUGUGUGGAUACCUUUAAUGUCGUUUUCCAAUUUACAUACUCUGCUAGAAUAAGGUUGAAAAUCUUUACAAAUAACGUGAUGAGUGUGGGGCGGCUGGUUGUGGAGUACGAGAAAGUGAAAAUAGUGGAACAUAACAAGUUUGGAGUGUUAGUUCGGUAAGCCAAAGAUUUGAUCUUAGAUUUCAAGUUCCCUUGGAAUUAGUACGAAAUGAAUAACUCAGAAAAACGCGCAAUAAAAAAGCCAAAAAUAUCAAAAAACCCAAAACGAGAACCCAAAGAAUUCCAGAAAGGCAAGUAAUUCCAUUGGAAAUAAAACGAACAAAAAGUAUUCGCUGCAACAAGAAAUAAAACAAAAAAAAUCAAUAAAAAACAAAACAAACCCUUUUUCAAUUCGAAUUAAAUUGUAAAUGUGAUUGUAAAAUAAAACGAAAAUGGAAAUGGAAAAAAUUCGGAAAAUGUAAAGCAAACAAUGUGGAAAAUUUGCAUUACAAUUCAUGACGAUAAUCUCUAAUGAAGUCUAAUUAACCGAGUGCAUUUUAAUUUAACAUUGGAACUAAAUGUUUUUAAGCCUCUGCAUUCAAUAAUCGACUUAAAUUAAUAUUAAAUGAAUACAUUAAUAAAAACAAUAGAUACAAUAAAUAUUUAAUUAGCUGACAACAGAACAGUCGAAUAGAUUCUCCCCCGAAAAACAAACACACACAAAGUUUGUUUGUCUUUCUUGAAUGCCAGAAUUUAUCAUUGACUUGGAUAUUGUAAACAACAUAUAUUGUAAAUCAUAGCUGAAAUAAUCUUUGGGCACUGUUGGGUGAACUUUUCCCCCGCCCACCCAAUGUACACGAGUAUUUGUACUUUUGAAAAUACAAAAAAAAACCUAGGCUAAUCAGUGUUUACUAUUAAAUUAUGAUACAUACAUACAUACAUAUACAUACAUUUAUGUAUUGUCCACAAAAAAAAGCUACAGGUAAACGAAAAAUGUAGACAAACAAAACAAAACAAAAAAGAUACAUCUAUAUGGAUACAUUUUCCAAUUUUAAGUGUAACUUAAUUGAAGGCAAAGAAAUGUUGCUAAAAAUACAUUAGGUGCAAUUUGAGCGCUUCAAAAAAUGAUCAAAUAAAAUAAACAUAAUU